AUGAAAGCUCAAGUAGAAGAAAAGGUUGUCCUCUUUAGCUCAGGAGCAGAAACCACAGUAGCUGGGACAAGAGAAGAACCAAAUGUUGAAAAUGCUGAAACAAGCAUCUUUAAGGGGACAAAGAGAAAGCUGAUUGCAAAUGGGCUAGAGUCGCCAGAAAUCCCAACUACCAUUGAAUUUCCAAGAGUUGCAAGCCUUAGGAAUGGGUACAUGUUGGAGGACAAGUUUAUUCUCCAGGAGCUUAUUGUUACUCCAAAAUUUGGUAGCUAUACUUUACCAAUAUCGGAACCAAGGGGGAGGCAGGAGCGGUUGGAUUUUCUUUAUGAUUCGGGUUUAGCGGUUGGGAAGAGUGAUGGAGGAGGGGCGAGUGGAGGUGGGAGUGGAUUCAAGGCUCUUGAACAACCCUCUACUACCUCCUCCUCUGCCACGGAAAAGCAGCAGUCGUCUGCUCCAGGUGCUUUAUUUGAGGAUGAUAAACCUCACGCUGCUGGUGAUGCCUGGCGUAAACUUCAUUCCGAUCCUUUGGUUUUGAUUCGCCAGCGUGAACAGGAAGCACUUGCCCUUGUCAAGAACAAUCCUGUCAAGAUGGCCCUCAUACGUAAAUCUGUGGAAGAGACAAAACACAAGGAUAAGCCUCGUGACAAGAAAAAACAUAAGAAGAAGCAUCGUUCUAGUUCAAAGCAUCGGAAGCAUUCAUCAUCCAGACAACAAUCUGAUUCUGAGGAUUCGACUUCUUCAGAAGGGGAAAGACCGAGGAAAAGUAGGAGUCACAAGAGCUCAAACCAUGAGGACCACCACCACAGCAAACGAGCGGAUUUGGGAGAUGAAUUAAGUGAAAGGAGAAGUAAUGAGAAGAAUCAUCACAGCAAACGAGUGGAUUAUGAUGAUUGAGAUUCUGUGAGGAGGAAUCAUGAUAAGUCAAAGCAUGAAAGAUAUUCUUCUGAUGAUCGGACAAAUUUGGAUGCUGACAACAAGGGAAGGGAAAACAAAAGUUCUUACGAACCAAGCUCCUAUGGUUCUUCUGCUGCUGCAAAUAGGAGUGAAUUACAAUCACACCAUAAACGCCGUAAUGCUGCUCCUAAGCUUUCUGAAGAAGAGCUGGCUGCUAGGUUGCGUGAGAUGCAAGAGAAUGCUGAAUUGCAUGAAGAACAUAGAUGGAAAAGAUUGAGGAAAGCUGAGGAAAAUGAUGCAAGGGAAGCUACCCGGGAUGGGAUAUCUAAUGGCAAGAACUUCUUGGAUGCUGCUCAAAAAAGUGUGUAUGGUGCUGAGAAGGGGGGAAGCUCAACAAUAGAGGAGAGGGUACGUCGCCGAACAUAUUAUUCACAAGGCCGGUCUGAGGCUAGUGAAGGCAAUGCUUUUAGGCGGUGAUGCUCUUCUACAUCCUUUUUAUGGAACCUUAUAAUCCAGGCGUGCUUCUCUGUUUUUCCCUUACAAGAGUGUAUAUUUCCUGUACCAGCCUAUGUCCUUACUGUAAGGAUGAGCUACUGAAUGUUAGGCAGGAUGAUCACGAAUGUAAUUCAUUUUCACCUCAAAUAGGCCAGAAUAUUUCAGUUUAGAAUCUUAAUAUAACUU